GCGCAUUAUUUAAUUAAUACAAAGAAAAGAAAAGAAAAGAAAAGAAAAGAAAAGCAAAGUGUAGUAGUGGCUUAUCAUGUAAAGCAUAUCCUAGGCAAACACUAACUCUUAUCUCUUCUCAUGGAGGUCCCCAUCUCCUCAUCAACAUCUACUUCUCCAACGUGGUUUAUGUUUCUCCACUCAACCUCUUAUACACCUCACCUGAGAUUAUACUUCUUUCUCUUCAUCUCCACAGCUUCAUCAUCAAUGGAGGAUCACAACACUACCAGCCCUGUAAGUUCCACAGAUCAGAAGCACCAAAGAAGUACUCUGAACUAUGAUGUGGUAGUGAUCUUGGCCGCCAUGAUUUGCGCGCUGGUGUGUGCGCUGGGGCUGAACACUAUGCUGCAGUGUGUGGUGCGGUGCACGAGACGUGCACUGACGGAGCCGGCCGGGUGGGUGGUUGCAAGGAGGAUGAAUGCUGGGUUGAAGAAGGAGGAGGUGGUGGCGCUGCCGGUGGCAACCUAUGCAGCGCCGGCGGCAGGAUCGCCGGCGGAGUCGACUUCAAGGUGUGCUAUAUGUUUGGUGGACUUCUGUGAUGGUGAUACUGUACGUGUUCUUCCUGCAUGCAGUCAUCGUUUCCACGUUGCAUGCGUUGAUAAGUGGCUGCUCUCUCAUUCUUCUUGUCCGACGUGCCGGCGCCGGCUGUCGUCGUUGUCGGCGCUGGAGGUCUAAGUUUUUUUAUUUUGUUUUUUUUUUUUAAUUAAUUACUUUGAGAAUCUCGAGUUUGGCUUUUAAUUUGUGAAUGAUAAUCACAUAUUUCUAAUUUUUAUGUGUAUUGUCUGUCAAACUUACAUUCAACAAAGUGGUUGACUUUACACGCAAC